AUGGAAACCCCCGACGCUGAAAGGGUGGAAUUCCAAGGAGACCUUAUUGCCUACGGUCUUCGACUAGUUAGAGUCCGCCCGACUGUCAGCCAAACCGCCGAACCGACUCCGCCACCAGCCACUCCUCAACCUAUACCUGAAAUUUCCUACUCCCCCGUUUCCAGUCCCUUAUCCUUCUUAGAUGAUCUCCUGGAUCUACUUCCUUCUCCUCCUCCUUUCCUCGCAGGACUUCUCCAAGAAGAUCCUGCACCCCCUUCAGAUCCUUCUGACGAGGAACCAUUAGACCUUUCACUUCCAAGAUCUUCCUUUACUUUCCCCGAAUCCCCUCCAUGCUUUAUCCAAAACGCGGUUGACAUGCACAAUUACCUUAUCACUCAAUCCUAUCCAGAAUGUAGAAUCGUGGUCUACAUCCCUGGUAUCAACCACCCCUUUUCCGCCCCAAUCGCCACUCUCCUGCCAAUACGUCCUUCCUCUUUAGAACCUCGCCCACCAACUCUCCACAUACUUUAA